AUGAGGGAGAAGCACCAGGGCCCGGCGGUGGACGCCCCGGUGGAAGAGCAGGCUGCCGUGGAGCUACCUGCGUCGCCGCCGAGCUUCGAUAACGCGACACGCCUCCCGACUCUGGGAAGAAACCGCCUGCGCGGCGACCUCAGGUCCGCCCGCUGGUCCGACGACCCGGCCCAGCUGGUCACCCUGGUGGGCCGCUUCGGGGCCCACAUGGAGGCCUACUGCGCCGCGCGCGCCGAGCUGGACCCCGUCCUGGCGCUGUCCGCGCCGUGGGCCAGCGCCGCGGAGCGCGCCGCCGCCUCCUGGCUCGCCGGGUGGCGCCCCACCACGCUGGUCCACCUGCUCUACACCGAGUCCGGGCGCCGUCUCGAGGCGCAGCUCCCGGACCUGCUGCUGGGCGUGCGGCCGGGGAACAACCUCGGCGACCUCGGCCCCGCGCUGCUGGCGUGGGUCGACGCCCUGCACCGGCGCGCGGUGGCCGAGGAGGACGCGCUGUCGGGGGAGAUGGCGCGGGUGCAGGAGGGCCACGGCGGCGUGGUCACCGCCGGGAUGGCGCUGGACGCGGGCGCGCUGGUGGCGCGGGUCGGUGCGGUGCUGCGCGGAGCGGACGCGCUGCGGCUGCGCACGAUGAGGCAGGCGGUGGAGAUCCUGCGGCCCGCGCAGGCGGCGGAGCUGCUCAUCGCCGCCGCGGACCUGGAGAUCGGCUUCCGCGAGUUCGGGCUCAAGUAUGGCUCCGGCCGCGACGGGUAACACCUGGGUCACCUCCCGCCCCUGCCUGCGCCUGCACAGUUUUUUUGCGCCCACAAUUUUGUGUGGGUUGUUUUACUGGAGGGAGGGAUGCUCAGUACUAGCUCUUUGGAUUUCCUUUGCCGAAUGCUGAUGAUGUGAGCGGGGAGAAGCGAGCGUGAAGCCAAAGGCCCGUGGCAGGGCAUGAUAUGCCCGGUGUUUGAUAAUAAAGUCCAAUGAACUGCCUCAUGGUUAAUUUGGGCGUA